AUGGAUGGCGGUGGUUUUAUCCUGUCGCCGCCAGCAUCCUCGACCACCUCCUCGAAUACCGCGACUCGCCUUCCCCACCCACGCGAAUCGCCCCUCAGACCUGGCGGCAGCAAAGAAAGCACCUUCAUACGCUACGUUGAUCAGCAGAUUCUCCACAUCCAGCGCCGUUUUGCCAAACGUACAUCGCCCCAAACCGACCAGCUGUCAGACAUCGACCGCGACAAGGCGGACACGUGGGGAGAUGUGAAAGGAUAUGCAUCUAUGAAAGAGGCGUGUAAAGACAUAGAGGAAUUGCUGAACGUGAUUUGGAUCAGUGGAACGCCGAGCUUGCAAGUGCCAUAUCUAAUCAGCCUUGCGUUGCUGGUGGGUAAUGUUGUGCAAGCCAUGCCACCUACGCCCAGAAGUCUGUUCCAGACUCUCGGCAAGCUCGAUCAUGCGUUUGCGAGCCUUCUACAGGGUCGAGAUCUUGAUACUGGCGAGAGGUUGCCUGGCUUCAUUGGAGAGCGAGGGGUGAGCGGGACAGAAAAGGUGAGGAUAAGGAGUCUAGCGGAGCGGACGAGAAUCAGUGUAGUCGAGGCUUUCAAGAAGGGGGAGUUGGAGGAUGAUCGGCCUGAAGCCGAGGAGUUCGAAGAGGACAGGAUGGACACAGACACUGAUGGUGAGCUGGUCUUGGAGAAUGCCGAGAAGGCUGGGCUGGACGAUGACGAUGAUGAUGAUUUCAAUCUGAAGAUUGCUCGAGUCUACGACGCCACAAUGGUUGAAUUGGGUGACAGCUUGGAGCAGCCAUCCAUUGGUAUCAUCACAGAGGGACGGGGAUGA